CUUCCACUCAGUCAUUAAUGUAUCCUUGGUUGACUACAUAUUAAACGUUAAAAUGAUUUUUUUAACAAUAUUGCUUGUUGGUAUUGUGCUACUUUAUUUAUACAAUAUAAGGAACUUUGACUAUUGGAAGAAAAGAGGAGUGACAUAUGUUAAGCCUAUGCUUUUCGUUGGAUCAACUGUCGAUGUUUAUUUACAAAAGAAAAGUGUUACACAGUAUGCCUCAGAAGUGUAUUUCAAGUUUCCGAACGAGAAAAUGGUCGGAGUAUUUAGGUCAACAAACCCUGGACUAAUCGUGAGAGAUCCUGAAAUCAUUAAACGUAUUUUAAUCACAGAUUUUUAUUAUUUCUACAAACGUGGGAUUAUGCCAGGUAAAACAUUGGAACCAAUACUUCGCAAUUUGUUCUUUGCGGAAGGUGAUUUAUGGCGUUUGUUGAGACAAAGGUUAACCCCUGCUUUUACGAGUGGCAAACUAAAGGCGAUGUUUCCACUAAUUACGGAAAGAGCUGAAAAGUUACGGACUCGAACGUUAAACGCCGCUCUCGAAGGCCGUGCCAUCGAUGCUCGAGAUCUCAUGGCUAGAUACACUACUGAUUUUAUCGGAGCAUGUGGAUUUGGUCUUGACGCUGACUCGUUGAAUGAUGAAAACUCUGCCUUCAGAAAACUAGGGGUUGACAUAUUUCAUUUCGGAUUAAGAGAAAAUGUGAAAUUGCUUCUCAAAGAUAUUUUUCCUGAAUUAACAGACAAUAUCACAUUUUUUGGCCGUCUUGAGGAUAAAAUUAUAGAUCUUGUAAUCGAUAUUCAAAAACAAAGAAAUUAUCAACCGUCAAAAAGAAACGAUUUUAUUGAUUUAAUGUUAGAAUGUAAGACAAAAGGCAAAAUGGUGGGAGAUUCAAUUGAAAAUUUCGAUAAAAGUGGAACCCCUAAAGAAGCUAAAGUAGAUCUAGAUGAUGUAAUAAUGGCUGCACAAGUGUUUGUUUUCUUCGCUGCCGGAUUUGAAACGUCUUCAUCAGCCACCAGUUUUACUUUACACCAACUUGCGUAUUAUCCAGAAGUGCAAAAGAAAGUGCAACAAGAUAUUGAUAAAGUAUUAGCUAAAUAUGAUGAUAAGUUAUGUUACGAUGCAAUAAAAGAGAUGACGUAUUUAGAAUGGACAUUCAAAGAAGCGUUAAGAAUAUUUCCUUCACUGGGAUAUUUAAUGCGAACAUGUGUGAAACCUUAUACUUUCCCAGAAUUAAAUGUGACUAUAGACGAAGAUGUGAGAAUUCUUAUUCCAGUACAAGCUUUACAUAACGACCCUCAGUAUUGGACCAAACCAGAAGAGUUUAGGCCUGAAAGGUUCCGCCCGGACGAAUUCAACGAUGUAACUAAAUCAAUUUAUCUACCAUUUGGUGAAGGUCCUCGUUCAUGUAUAGGUGAGCGCCUUGGUAUUAUGCAGUCUCUGGCUGGACUGGCUGCAGUACUAUCUCGCUUCACCGUGGAACCAGCUCCAAAUACCAAGAGACACCCAUCAGUGGAAACCAGAGCAGAUGUUGUCCAAGCCAUCGAUGGAGGACUCCCACUUAUGUUCCGCGAGAGAAAGAAAUAAAAAGAGUUUAAUUUUAAA